AUAUAACAGAAAGGUUAAUUCAUUGGACAAUUAACUGAGAUAUAAAACUUUUUUUCAAGUGACAGCUUGCCCCAGUCUCCCCACCAUUAUAUUGGUUACCAUACAAAUAUUUAAACAUCUAUAACCAAAACAUGGUGCUAAUACCAUACAGUAGUUUCUGGUAGUGUAGUGUGUCUCUCCUGUGGUUCAGGCAGCCUGUGUCUCUGUAGCAGGCCGCUUCAGUCCAUCUGUCUCAUCUCUGCGAGCAGCCAACAAACACACUCGUACCCCAACGGUGUUAUCAGCCCUGCCCACUAUUUAACUAGAUUUGUUAUUAAGUCAUAGCCAGAUUUUCAUGACAUGACUUUGAAGAGGUUGAAAUGAGAUCAGCCGUGUUUCUCUGAAACCCUCAAAUUUGAGUAAGCCAGGAUUUCCCACAGAGAAUGAAUGAAGAGCUCUUUCAGGAUGAAGAAAGAGCGUAGAGGAGGAAGAUAAGAGAGGAAGACACCCAAAGCAAAGACCCGUGUGGUACGGGCAAGAGGAGAAGGAAAGAGGAGCCAUGUGGCAUGUUAGUUGUUCGGUAAAUCCUAAACUGCUCCCGGCCGGGGUCCUGACUCAGGGGACUGUGAGGAAAGGACUGGCUGGAGGAGUCAAAGGGAAAAGGAAGAUGUUCUCGUUUUCUUUGCGAUGUCGGAUUGGAGUUAUCAGAGGAAGAGUCAAAGAAUGGAAUCGUGAUAUUCCCAUGAUGCUGUGUGGCUUUGGGAGAGAGGGUCGCAACAAUAGUGAUGAUGUCCCAUAUACAAAGGGAAGUAAAGACGCUGCGGGUGACAGCAGCGGCCUCACCAAGAGGUGCAGUCUCGCGGAUGAGCAGAGAGGUGUGACGACGGUGGAACUGAUUAAAAAAGAGGGCAGCAGUCUCGGCCUCACGAUCUCCGGAGGUUGUGACAAGGACGGCAAGCCAAGAGUGUCAAACCUGAGACCAGGAGGUCUCGCGGCCCGGAGUGACCAGCUCAAUGUCGGCGACUACAUAAAGUCAGUGAACGGGAUAAACCUGUCCAAGCUCAGACACGAUGAGAUCAUCAGCAUGCUGAAGAACAUUGGAGAGCGUGUGGUGCUGGAGGUGGAGUACGAGCUGCCUCCAUUCGCUCCCAGCAAUCUCUGCGGCGUCAUCUCUAAAACUAUCGAAGUGUGCUUGGAAAAAGAAGGCAACAGCUUUGGUUUCGUCUUGAGAGGGGGCUUUCACGAGGACUGGCACAAGGCUCGACCUCUAGCGGUGACCUACGUCAGGCCCGGCGGACCCGCAGACAGAGAGGGAACCUUGCGAGCGGGCGACCGUGUGUUGAGUGUGAACGGUGUUGCUGUGAAUAGGCAGAAACAUGCUGACGCUCUGACCCUGAUCAUGCAGAGCAGCCAGGAGGCUUUCUUCCUCAUCGAGUACGACAUCAUGGUCAUGGACUCGGUCCAGAAGUCCUCCGGGCCACUGCAGGUGGACAUCGCGCGCUCCGCGGGAUCAGUACUUGGACUCAGUCUCACCACCUCCCUCUACAUGAACAAACAGGUCAUUACAAUCCAGAAAAUCAAGCCAGCUAGUGUUGCAGACAGCCUGCUGUCGUUUUCACUCUCGCUGUUUCUUGCUUUUCUCAACAUAAGUGAAUUUCUCUCCUUGUUACCACCACUAUCUGUCUCUCUCUUGCUGUCUUUCCCUCUUUUUCUCAGAUGUGGUGCUUUGCAUGUUGGAGAUAUUCUCCUGGCUAUAGAUGGCAUGAGCACAGAGCACUGCUCUCUGAUGGAGGCUCAACAGCUCCUGUCCAGCUCCUCAGAGCUCACCAAACUAGAGAUCCUGCCGUCUCAGCACAGCACACAUGACACAGUACGAGUCCAGAGGAGUAGUCAGCGCCAGUGGGACUGUAGUGAGAACUACACCAGCGCUCCUCCACCUUUGCAAAAAACACCCUCAGCCUGGAGUCACACCACCCCUACACCCUCACACCGAUCUGCGACGUCUGGCUCCUCUGCAAACACCUCAGGCUUUCAUAGCUACAACUGUGGCACCCAAUCAACGUAUCCCAACACCUACCCCAGUAACACACUGCCAUCCCACCCAUCCAGCCCUCGCUGCACUGUCAGCAAGAGGAGACACCGGAGAAAAGACCACAAGAGCUCCUUGUCUCUGGCAUCGAGUACACUGGGCGCUGGUGGUCAGGUGGUGCAUCUAGAAACCAGUGAGGUGUUUCUGAGAGGAGAUCCUCUUACUGGAUUCGGGCUGCAGUUACAGGGGGGAGUGUUUGCUACAGAACCCCUGUCAGCGCCUGCCUGUGUCCGCUUUAUCGAGCCUGACACACCUGCUGAAAGGUGUGGGGUGUUACAAGUCGGAGACAGACUUCUUUCUAUUAAUGGAAUUCCCACUGAGGACGGAACUCUGGAAGAAGCCAAUCAGCUGCUCCGAGAUGCAGCUCUGGCCAAUAAGGUCACACUGGAGGUGGAGUUUGAUGUCGCAGAAUCGGUCAUUCCCAGCAGUGGCACAUUUCAGGUGAAGUUGCCCAAGAGACGUGGAGUGGAGCUUGGCAUUACGAUCAGUGCAAGCAAGAAGCCAGGAAAGCCUCUGAUCAUUUCUGAGAUCCAGAGAGGCAGUAUUGCACAUAGAAUAGGAACCCUGGAGCCAGGUGAUCGUCUGCUGGCUGUUGAUAAUGUUCGGCUGGAUAACUGUGGGAUGGAAGAGGCCAUGAUGGUCCUCCAGCAGGCCGAGGGGAUGGUCAAACUGCGAAUUCAAAAAGACGAAGACAACCUGGAUGAAUUAGAGUCCUCGGGUUCGGUCAUAUUCACAGUAGAGCUCAAGAGACACGGCGGUCCACUUGGAAUCACCAUUUCAGGCACUGAAGAGCCCUUCAAUCCCAUCCUGAUCUCCAGCCUGACCCGCAACGGCCUUGCGCACAGGACUGGCGCUCUUCAUAUCGGUGACCGUGUCUUGGCCAUCAAUAACAUGAGUCUAAAGGGGAAACCUCUGAGCGAGGCCAUCCACCUGUUGCAGACCGCCGGAGACACGGUUACGCUCAAGAUCAAGAAACGAUCUGAUCCACUUUAUGGGUCGGACAGGGGCAGCCCGUCCAGGACGGGUUCAUGCGUGAGCGACAUGGAAGACGAUCGCUCGGAUUCUCUCAGGCGGGGUAAAUACUCUGAACUUCAGCGUCUGACCACACCGCCCAGUCAAGAUUCAGCCAUGGACUCGUGGGAUAGCUCGGCUCUGGACGCCGGCUAUGGAAGUCAAGGUGUCUAUAUUCAUAGAGCAAAUGAUUUCACCCUUCAUCCCAAUGACUGGAGACAGACCAAUCACAGGAGCCCGCUGAUCUCCAGAAGACACGCCCACCGCACUGCAAUGUAUGAUGGGAGUCUGGGCGAAGAGGACUGGACGUACUCUGGAUCUGUCAGUCCAGCAUGCGGUCACAACCACAACAAUACAGACGCACAGGAGAACUAUUGGUCACAAGCUCUUCAGGAUCUGGAGACCUGCGGCCAAUCGGAAAUCCUGCGGGAACUUGAGGCUACUAUAAUGUCAGGCAGCACACUGAGUUUGAGCGAAGACCGCGAGAAGCAGAAUGAAAGCAGGACCAAAGCGCUAGCACUGAGCCCGGAGAGGACCUCAGGGAACACAGCUGUACCAGAGGACAUGAGCCCAUCCAUGCCUUUAGAGCUUCAUAAGGUACUGUUGACUUUCCCAGCAGCUCCAGGGUCUGAGUUAUGUCUUAUUUUCUACCAGACAGAUCUUUAUUCUCUCCCUCUCUCUCAGAUCUGUUUACGGAAGGAUGUUGACAGCAGGGAUUUUGGGUUCAGUGUGUCCGAUGGUCUGCUGGAAAAGGGUGUUUAUGUGAACAUGAUCCGUCCUGAUGGGCCUGCGGACCAAGCUGGGUUACGGCCUUAUGAUCGUAUUCUACAGGUCAAUCACGCACGGACUCGUGACUUUGACUGUUGUCUAGCUGUGCCGUUGAUCACAGAGGCCGGAGAGCAUCUACAGCUGGUUAUUAGCAGAAAUCCUCUCGCUCAGGCACACAUUUGGCCACCUAAAGACUGUCAGGACCCUUCUGAACCAUCUGUGGUUUCUGCACAAAAUCCAAGAAGAGUUGACCUCUGAUUCCCAAAGAUGAGCAACACAGAGCACAACUUUCUUUCAAUUUUUUUUCCACACAAAAGGUUCUGUCUCUCACCUUCACAGGGGACACAUAAGCACUAUUAUUUUAAUAUUUAUUUAUUUUAUAUUUUUCAAGCUAAGUUCAAUGCUUUUGUCACAAGUUAGGAUCCACUGCUGCUUUUUAUGUUCCACCAAAUAAGUUUAUUUGAACGCUCACAGAGGCACGAGAGUUUUAGUUACACAAAACAUGUCAAGUUCAUCUUCAUACACGCCACUUUUGUUUCCAUUAUAAAUAAAUGACACACUCGUUCGGUUUCUCCCGUCCACGAGAACUCUUUGAUGAUUCAGAUCUGCAGGUUUUUACAAAACACAAAGAGACGCUUCAAGCCAUGUCGUCAGUUUAGACGGAUAAAAAUCUUUCUUAGAUCAAAACCAUGACAGUCUGACAGUUGAUUUUUUUUAACACUGUCGUUCUCUGAUGAAAAGCUCAAUUUGUCUUGACGUGUAUGUUUCAGGUGCAUGUGAUGUUUUUUGUGUACCGUAAGGCGUUUUAUGAGGAUUUUAUGACUUUGCUUCCUGGUACAAUCCAGGAAUAAAUUCUGAUUUGAAGUGUUCUGAAGUCCUUCAAAGGAACUUAUUUUAAGUGUAACUUUUAAAAGGAGAUCCUUGUCUGUAUAUUGUUUACCUUCAAUCCUUGAUUUCCUGGAUGUUAAUUAUGUAGAAUGGCAUUGGAAUAUUCUUGGGUUUGAAAUGAACUUUUCCUUUUUUAAGAAAAUAAAGGAUAAAAACCUCUGUCUCUCUGGUAAGAA